AUAGCACAGAACAGAAGGCGCAACCAACACCCACAAGGAGAGGGCGCCCCUUUGAUGGCACCAUGGAUGGAGAUGUCACUGAGAUGCUGGAAGAUUUUGUCUCGGGGCCGCUGGUCACCUGGGUGCAAACCUUGGAGACUCUGACUUACUCGAGAUCUGGUCAGCCCCCUUCCCCCCAUAGGAAGAAGAGACAUGAGGGAGCACAAGAAUAUUUCAUCAAGCUGGUCAGUGGGGACACCCUCAUCCAUAUCAUGGAGAUAAUAGACCUGACUCCUGGGGGAGCGCAACCUCCGUGGAGUGAGCAAAACGACGAGGCACACAGCUUGCAAAUGCUCCAGGGCCUUCUGCAGCGGCUGCGCAGGUUCUACCAGAACGAUUUGCAACAACUGAUUCUUUCGUUGCCUCCUAAUUUACAUCUUCUGGCCCAAGAUCCUUUCACAGCACAGGCUGUUGGGGAGAUGAAGAAGCUGUUGCUGCUGUUGCUUGGGAGUGCUGUCCAGUGUGAAAGGCGAGAUGAGAUCAUUGGCCUAAUCCAGACCCUCGACAUCAGCACCCAGGCUGCCUUGGCUUCUUCCAUCCAAGAGGGGACUCAGGAGCCCAAGAACAUGGUGAGGCUGCAAUGGAGGAACUGGGACCCCUCCGAAACAGAACAUUUACUCCAAAACGUGGUGUCUCGGAUCAAGAGCUGGUGCACGAGCGAGACGCAGGGCUUGGAGAAAUUGUGGGAGCUGCAACAAGAACAGGAACGCCCCCUAGUCACCCCCCUGGACCGUCAACAUAUUGGGGUGCAGCUUGCUGAAUCUCGGGCCAGGUGCGGCGGUCUGCAGCACGAGCUGGAAGAGAAGAUGGAGGAGCUGUUAGAUCAAGAGGAUGAACGGAAGGAUUUGGAGGGGCAGCUUCAAAAGAUGCGGCAGGAGAACCGGGCACUGGUAGGCGAGGCCCGCCUGGCUGGGCUGUACCGGGAUGAGCUGGACGCCUUGCGGGAAAAGGCCUUGCGGACAGAGCGGCUUCAGGCAGAGCUGGCAGCCCUGAGGGAGCGGCUGCCUGCCUUGGAGCAGUGCCGUGUCCAGCUGAAGGAGGAGCGUGAGUUUUCCCAGGCCUUGCUGGAGACAAAGGCCAUGAUGGAAGGACAGCUGGAGGCUGCUCGCGCCCGGGGGAAGCACCUGAGCCAGAUGGAGAAGGAGAAGUUGCAUCUGCAAAGCUACCUGAACGAGGCCCAAGAGGAACGGGACCAGCUCUACCAGCAGACAGAGGAGCUUCUAAGAGAAAAUAUGGCUCUUGAGAGGCAGCUGAGGCGAAGUUUAGCAGAGCCCAUCAACAUUCUCUGUGCGGAAGAACUAGAAGGUGGCUGGGCCCCAGGUAGUGAGUGUGGCCGUGCCUUUCCAUUUUCUAGCAAGAUCCUCAGAGUCAUUCUAGAGGCAGACAUGUAUCCCCUCCCUUCAUCUGCUUAUCUAGAUCCUUCCGAAAGGCCUGUUCUCUUGAGUGAUGAGGUGAAAGAGGACAUCGGUCGGUUGCUGACCCUGGAGAGGGAGAACCAGGAUCUGCGCAGGAGGCUUCAGCAGGCCCUGGAGGAUCCCAGCAAGUCUAUGAGUUUGGAACCAAAGAACACAUUCCUUGAUGGAGAGCUAAAAGCGCUGCAAAGCGAGGUGCGGUCAGAGGCAAGCGAGCAGGCCUCAGACCCCGGAGGACAUUUGCCAGAGGCCCAGAAGCGGCGAGAGAGCGAGGCCUUGGCCCCAGAAAGGCGGGAAAGCCAGGGCCCAAAGCAAGAGACCGAGGCUCUGGUGUCAGGGAUGGAGGCGGCCUUGUCGGAAGCUCGGACUUUGCUGAGGGAGGCCGAAAAGCUGCGGGAAGCAGAGUCCCAGCGUGCGUCGGGCUUGGAAGAGAGGCUGAGGAGCCUGCAGGAGGCCCAUGCCGACAUCUUGGAGAAGCGAGAGCGAGAGCGUGAGGGGUGGCGCUCGGAGACGGAGCGCCUGGUGGAGGAGGCCCAGGCCCUGGAGCGAGAGCAGGAAGCGCUGCGGGCCGGAUCCCAGGCCUUGCAGGCCGCAGCCACCCAAGCCGAGCUGGAGCUGAGGGAAGCCCGGCAGAGCCUCCAAGGCGAGCGUCUGCAGGGGGCCCAGCUGGCCCAGAAGGCCCGGCAGGCGGCGGAGGACUUGGGCGAGGCCCAGCGGGAGCUGGAGGCCCUGCAGCGCAGCCUGGAGCAGCACAAGGUGACUUUGGCUCAGGCGGAGGCCGAGAAGGCGGCUCUGGAGGAAAUGCUGAGCCAGGCCGAGAACCUGCGGCGGCAGCUGGAUAAAGACAACCGGCGCCUGAAGGCCCAGGCCCAGGCCCAGGAGGAGGCCCUGGCGGCUCAGAGCUUGCGCCUCGUCCACCUCGAGGCCCAGAGCCGUCAGCUGGCGUCGGAGGUCAGCAGCCUGAGGGAGGCCGCCCAGCGUCUCGGGGAGCUGGAGCAGAUGGAAGCAAACCUGAGGAAGGAUAUGGACGCCAAGCAAAAGGCUUCGGCCCUCCUGGAGGAGGAGCUCCAGAGAGAGAAGGCAAAGGGGAAGGAGAGGGAAGCUGUCUUGGCUCAGCUGAAGGAGCAGCUGCUGAAGAAGGAAGAGAGCCCACAGGCUGGGAUGCAAAGCAGGCAGCAGCACUACAGUGAGGAAAACCAAAAGAGCUCUACUACCGGUAAUGGGAAGAUGAUGGAAACUGGAGGAGGAAAACAGCGCACUCAAGAGGCAGCAAAGAGUGGCUUUAUUGUUCCUUUGGAGGAGCCAUCUGUGACCCAGGAGGGACAGAGUGAACAUAACCCAGGCCUGUUGCCACUCCAGGCUAAUGCCAGAAACGAGGCCCUGAGUGCAAGACUCAUUGAAGUGGAACGCAAGAACGCCGUUCUGCAGGCCGAGAAAUCGGCGCUAACUGAUCGUCUCACCCAGCUGGACUCGCAAGUCAGCAGUCUGCAGGUGGCGCUGCUGGGGCUGCAGGGCCAAAGCUCCGAUGUGAAGGAGGAAAGUCCCUGCCCCAAGGAGCUUACAAUGCGUCUGUGUCUCGCUCUCAUAUCCCUGCUGCAAUCCUGGCAGGUGGAGGCAGCAUCUCUGCAUUCCCAGAAGACACUACUGGAAUCCCAGCUCCUGGAGCUGCGGCAGAGGCUGUCCAUCCUGGAGGCAGAAGCCCGGGGUGCCCAGCAGGAGAGGGAGGAGUGGCGGGGGCGCUAUGAUGCCCUCCUGCGUGAUCACGACCGCCUGACGGUGCUGCACGAGAGGCAGGGAUCUGACCUGGAGGGGUUGCUGGGGAAACAUGCCAGCCUCAAGGGGGCGCUGCGUAGCCUGGAGCAAGAACACCGUGACCUGCAGGGCAGGCACAGCGAGCUGCUGGGGCAGAAAACUGGCCUUGAGCAGCGGGAGGAAGCACUUCGGGGGCAAAAGGAGCGGCUGGAGGAAGCCGAGCGACAGCACAGGGAGCUGGCAGCACUGCAUAGCCACCUCAAGGAGGAGCAUGAGCGGGUGAAGCAGGCAUUGGGCCAGACAGAACGUGAACGGGACGACCUCCAGGGGGAGCUCCAAGGAAUGAAGAACCGGGUGACCAGCCUACAGCUGGAGCAUGCUAGGCUGGAGGCUGAGAGCAACGCCCUGAAGGAGCAGAACCAGCAACUGGACACUGCGCUGGGGCGCCUGAGCACCCAGUGUGAACUGCUGGCCCAGCUGAAAGGGAACCAGGAGGAGGAGAACCGACACCUUCUUCAAGAGAUUCAGGUGCUAAGCAGGGAGAACAGACGCCUGCUGGAGCACAGCAUGGAGAGCCGGGAGCAUUACCAAGAGGAGCAGCGCCAGUACCUAGACAAACUGGGUGAGCUUCGUCGGGAGAAGCAGAAGCUGGUGGAGAAGAUCAUGGACCAGUACCGGGUGCUGGAGCCAGCACUUCCUCGUGGCAAGAAGAGUAACUGGAUUGCUGAGAAAAUACGGAAGCUGGUGAAACACCGCCGGGAAGCCCCCCAUGAGCAGCUGCGCCCCAUGGCUGAGGGGGCCGGGAGCAGCGAGAGCCUAACAGGGCAGGAAGGACGUGGGGCUGAUGGGACAGUUUCCAGCAUCCCCAGCUCACCAGCCCCUCUCCGCAAAGCAAGCAGCACCCUCAGUGUUUUGGAUGGCCAACAGACGCCCUUCCGCCGCCAUAGGCUGAGCUCACGGCUGCCUGCGGUGGAAUGCCCAGGAGAAGAGCAGGACACCCCUCGCCAGCGCUUCCGCCAGCGCCGCAUUGGAAUGCUGGGGGGUUCCUUCGAAGAAGCUGCGGCAGAGUGGGAAGUUCCAAGCCAGACUUCCAAGAGCGACAAAGAGAGAGGACCACCACUGGGUGAGGAGGAACAAACCCCUGAGCGUCCAUCGUGAUGUUGUGGAGGAAGAGGGCUCACCCUCUCAGAUUCUCCAAACCUGAACUGAUGUGAACAUCCUAUUGGAACGAUGGGGAGGCAUUAAACGAAUGCAAAGCACAGAGUGUCAUUUGGAUGGGUGCACAUAUGUAUGUAUGAAGGGUGAUGGGCCUGAAUUGUUGCAGUUAAGUAAUGUAUUUAAAAAUAAAGUUUAUGGUUAUUUAUCAA